AUGGCCCUCGUCAAAGCAGAGAAGGAACGUGACGCCACAAAAGUGACCCUGGGGUGGCUCGAGAAGCGGUACAAUGACCACGCCACCGCCCCAAUGACCGAGAAUAAGGUAGCCCAAUACCUUACCACCGUGACCAUCUCCAAAGACAAGAUUGAAGACACCUUCCAACGCAUCGCAGCAGUUGUGGAUCCUGCUGACCUCGACCCCCAUUCAACAGAGUAUGAAUCACUACUUGACCGCGCUGUUGACCUCAUGGAUAAGCUCACUGUCAUCCAAAAGUCUUUCAUCCCUGCUACCAAAGCAACUCCUCCCCCAACUUUAACACUCGCAACCAUCAAAGCAGACAUUCAACUCCCACGUCUGAACUUACCCACCUUCGACGGCAAGAUUGAAGAAUGGACAUCCUUCAGGGACCUCUUCAGGACUGCAAUCCACGACAAUGUCCACCUAUCGGACUCACAGAGAUUGGCAUACCUUAAGGCGCAACUCAAGGGAGAAGCAGCUCGACAGGUACAGUCAUUGGUCAUCUCAGAUGCCAACUACGCCAUCGCCGCCAAGCUAUUGGAGGAUCGUUACCAGAACGAUCGUCAACUGCUCUUCACCUUAUUGAAGAGAUUCACUCAACAACAACCCAUUGGACUUGCGACUGCAUCAUCCUUACGCCAACUCAUCGACGGUAGUAAGGAGUGCAUCCGGUCACUGGAGGUGCUAGCCCAGCCUGUGCAACACUGGGAUGCACUCCUCCUCUUCACCAUUCAUCAGAAGCUCGACAGCGCAACCAAGGAACUGUACGAGCAAGGACUGCAGGAUAGCUCCAUUCCCAAGCUUCAAGGCCUCUUCGACUUCUUGGAACAGAGGUCCAGAGCGUUGGAGGCGGGUGGGAGUAAGUCCUCAUAUCCUCCCAAAGUCAUUGAAAAGAAUAAAUCUCCUCAUGUCAGGAAUCACGUGCACCAUGCACAAGCUCCUUCCUCGCCUCACUCACCACACCCAUGCAAAGUGUGCGCUGAGCCACACCACCCUCUCUACAAAUGUGCAGUCUUCCUCGCCAUGACCGUGGACUGCAGAAUCGAAGCGGUUAGAAAGAAUUCACUGUGCUUUAACUGUCUUCGCAGUAACCAUCCCAGCUCGCAAUGCCCCAGCGCUUUCACCUGUCGUACUUGCAGUGGGAAACACAACUCACUUCUUCAUCGUGUCAAGUCACCUGUUCAACCGGCCCCUCCAGUCGUGAACAAUAAUCCCGCAUUGAAUCAUCAUGCUAGCAACAACACAAGUACCCUUUCUCAAACUCUCCUUGCUACAGCAAUUGUCCUUGUGAAGGACACAUCAGGCCAGCAGCAGCCAAUUCGCCUCUUGUUGGAUGGUGGAUCCGAUGUCCACAUCAUCAGAUCAAGUACCGUCAAGUCCCUCGGCCUACGCUGGAACAAACAGCAAACUCUCAUCACUGGACUCUCGUCAGCCCCAGUCGGAAGUGCGUACGGUGUGCUGGACAUGGAGUUCAGUCCACACAUUGAUCCUCAUCUCACCAUUCUCGCCAAGAAUGUGAGAAUCAUGACCACAGUUACUGGUCAACUUCCUCGUCACCCAUGUGAUCCCGAUCUUCCUCAUCUCAAUGGACUGCAACUCGCUGACGAGAAGUGGCACACCCCUGAUGACAUCGACAUGUUAGUUGGUGCAUCACUCGUCUACGGUCUCAUCAAUGGAGACAAAAGACAUGGUCAACUCGGUCAACCAUUUGCCCUCAGCUCGGACAUUGGUUGGUUGGUAGUUGGUGAAGUUGGUCAGACUGACACAGGUGCAAUCACUAAUUUUCAUACUCAAGGUUCCCCUAAUAUGCAAUCCGCUACAGUACCGCAGCAGUCACAGGUACGAGUAACAGACGUCGACUUGGACAAACGCCUCCGCUCAUUCUGGGAGCUGGAAGAAGUCCCAUUUUCCACUCCACGCCCCCUCACACAAGAAGAACAACAAUGUGAAGAACAUUACGUCACCCACACCACUCAACAGCAAGAUGGAAGAUUUGUUGUCAGCCUCCCAUUCAAAACUACUCCUCCAGACCUUGGCUCAUCCCGUGAAAUGGCAUUGCAACGUCUUCGCCAAAUUGAACGACGACUCGCUCGGCAGCCAGCGCACAAAGAACAAUACGUCGCCUUCAUGAAGGAAUAUCUCGACCUCGGCCACAUGGAAGUUGUUCCCCCACAAGAAAUCGAGUCCCAGGCAUCUAAGACCGGAAAUGGAAAAUCCCUCAAUUCAUGCCUACUUGUUGGAGCAACAAUCCAAGACUCCCUCUUCGAUAUUCUCCUACGAUUUCGAACCCACAUCGUCGCCUUCACUGCAGAUGUGGCGAAAAUGUAUCGUCAGAUCCUCGUCGCCAAGCAGGAUGCUGACUACCAACGAAUUCUGUGGAGAGAGGAUCCAUCCUCUCCAGUGACAGAUUAUCGUCUUCUGACUGUCACGUACGGAACAGCAUCCGCCCCCUUUCAAGCUACACGCACUCUCGAGCAAGCUGCCAUCAACAAAGAAGUGGAACUUCCCCUCGCUGCAAAAGUUGCACGCAACGACGUCUACGUGGACGACGUGAUGUCCGGUGCUGACUCGUUGGAGCAAGCAAUUAAAAUCCAAGAAGAAAUCCUCCUCCUCAUGCAAAGUGCCAAAUGGGAAGCAAGACGGUGGAACUCAAGUCACCCAGCUCUUAUCGACCGACUGCCUGUGGAAUUACGGGAAACAAAGUCCCUCAUGCCAUUGGAACUGGGUCACACAGUGAAGACUUUGGGAAUUUAUUGGCAACCUAACUCUGAUCAAUUUCUUUUCCAACUUGAUUCUUGUCUUUCCACAUUCAAAGGUCACCUAACUAAACGUAUCAUUCUCUCCGAAAUAGCAAAAAUCUUUGAUCCCAUCGGGUGGCUCGCUCCAGUUGUCAUCACUGCCAAGAUGAUGAUGCAACAACUUUGGAAACUUGACCUUGGUUGGUACGAUCCUGUUCCAAUCUACCUUGCCGACAAGUGGACCUGGUACAAGAGAGAACUGCAGCACAUCGAAGAUAUUAAAAUUCCAAGAUGUGUCAAGCAAUCCCCCGACACCAAACUUGCCCUCGUAGGUUUCUGCGAUGCAUCAGAAAGGGCCUACUCUGCCGUGACCUACCUCUGCUGUUAUCCAGAAAAUCUCUCUCCUCCUCUCAUCUCCGUCAUCGCUUCGAAGACCCGCGUAACUCCAUCCAAGACCGUGUCCCUUCCUCGUCUCGAACUCUGCGGCGCCGUGCUUCUCUCCCACCUAAUGGAGACCGUUAGUCACGCCCUCAAACUACCUCUUCAACACCAAAGUGCGUGGACAGAUUCAACUGUCACGCUUGAUUGGAUACGAUCCCAUCCUUCACGGUGGAAUCGCUUCGUGGCCAACAGGGUCACAGAAAUUCAGAAUCGCCUUCCUUCGCAUCAUUGGGGACACGUGUCUGGAGUGGAGAAUCCAGCAGACUGCGCAUCACGAGGACUGGACCCUUCAACCUUCACCCAUUUCAAGCUUUGGUGGAAUGGGCCAGAUUGGUUGAGCACCGGGAUUCCUACCCCUCGUCAAACUUAUCCAAAGCCCGACUCAUCCAUCGACAUGGAGGAGAGGAGGGAGAUCGUGAAUUGCAACGCUACGACAACUCAUCCCUGGUCUGAUCUACUCAACAACUGUUCAUCCCUUCUCAAACUGCAAAGAGUUACUGCUUGGUGCACGCGUUUCACUGUUAAUACUCGUCCACAUUUGGGUCACGCCAACACUGGCCCACUAACCCCUGCCGAACUCCACAACUCCCUCGUCAUUUGGGUGAAAAUUGUGCAAGCCCAAGAAUUCCGAUCAGAAAUCCAAUCUCUACAAGUGCCCCCAAGGGUGGACCCCAAGAGUCCCAUUCUCUCACUCAACCCAUUCCUCGACAAGAACGGAGUGCUCAGAGUUGGAGGAAGAAUCCACAAGGCACCACUCCCGUAUGACAACCGUCACCCUAUCCUCCUCCCUCGACAUGGGCGACUCACACAAUUGCUCAUCAUCCAGGAGCACGAGAAGCUGUUCCACUGUGGGCAACAACUUCUACUCUCAUCAAUCCAAACUCGUUAUUGGAUCAUCCGAGGACGUGACGCGAUUCGACACCAAUUGCGAAAAUGUGUGCGGUGCACUCGUCAACGUGCCGCCACGUUACAACAAUUUAUGGCAAAUCUUCCCCAGUUUCGCCUUCAUCCGUGUCGUGCCUUCACCAAGGCAGCAGAGGACUACGCCGGCCCAUUCCUGCUCCGACCCAUGGUCCCACGAAGUACAAGCACAAUCAAGUCAUACCUUGCAAUUUUUGUCUGCUGCGUCACACGAGCAAUCCACUUGGAAUUGGUCAGCGCCAUGACCACUGACGCCUUCAUCGCAGCCCUCCGCCGUUUCAUCGCCAGACGUGGUUGCCCAACAGACCUCUACUCUGAUUGUGGAACCAACUUUGUGGGUGCCAACCACGAAUUGAGAAAAUUUCUCGCCCUGUCCUCCACACCAAUUCACAAUCAAGAAAUUGCCAAUCAAUUGUCCCGUGAUGGUAUCCAAUGGCACUUCAACCCCCCUGGAGCUCCACAUUUCAAUGGACUUGCAGAAGCUGGGGUGAAAUCUGUUAAGUAUCAUCUCACCCGCAUCAUUGGUCAAACUCGGCUGACCUUUGAGGAGAUGACCACCACCAUCACUCAAGUUGAAGCAGUGCUGAACUCCCGUCCAAUAACUGCUGAAUCCUCAGAUCCAUCCGACUUGGCAGCAUUGACCCCUGGACACUCAUCGGUGCCCCAUUGA